AGAGAGCGAGCGAGCGGCAGAGCAGCGUCUCAAAACUCAGGACCAGUAGCAUGAAAACACUCUGUUAUAACGUUUCGCUUUCCCCCUCCAAACAUUCAUUUAACAGUUAGAUUAAUCUUAAUGAUUUCCCGUCGAAACGCCCCUGAAGCAAAAGUUUGACAAGCGGAAGUUCGCGCGGUAGGAAAUCGGAAAAAGUCUAAAGAUUGAGAAAUAUUUAUCCUUUAUCUUGCUGUGCAGCGGUAGAGUAUUUUAAAAAUGGACACUCACAUUAAGGAGGGACAACUGUACGUCCAGCAUCAGAAGUUUGGAAAGAAAUGGAAGAAGAACUGGUUCGUACUGUUCCCAGCCAGUCAAAACGGCAUCGCAAGGCUUGAGUUUUAUGAUUGCUCAGGCAGCGCCAGUGAUAAACCCAGCACUAAGAAAAUGGACAAGAAGAUAAUCCGUCUGUCAGAAUGCAUCAGCAUACUCCCUGCUGUCACUGAAACCUGCCCCAAAGAAAACAUGGCUGCCUUCUAUGUGGAGACCAAUGACAAGACGUACAUCUUUGCAGCUGAGAAAUAUAUUACCAAUGAGUGGGUGGAGAAGAUGUGUGAGAUUGCUUUUCAGGGAGGAAGUGGUUCUCUUGGUAGUUUUGACUCAAAUGGACAGCAAGAGCUUCAAAUGGCAGAAAAUCUAAUUUAUUACUCCAGAGAGGAAGUUAAUGAAUUUUGGGUGAGUGUCCAGAGGACAGAAGCAUCAGAGCGCUGUGGUCUCACUGGUAAUUACUGGCUCAGGGCUAAUGUGGACAACCUUAUUCUGAAGGACCCCAAGACUAAAAAGGAUUUAUUAAUAUGGCCUUACAAACUUCUCCGUCGCUAUGGAAGAGACCGGGUCAUGUUCUCUUUUGAAGCUGGGCGACGCUGUGAAUCUGGGCCGGGGAACUUCACCUUUGAGACAAAGCAGGGGAAUGAGAUAUUUCACAUGGUUGAGGAAUCCAUUCGGGAGCAGAAAGCCCAAGCUGAAGAACGACACCAAAGCUUUCCAUCAUUAGACUCUGACUGCCCAGCUCUCCAGCAGAUCCGUGCUGCCAUCUCAGAAGCAAACAGUCGUGAACCAGAUGGAGAUUCUGGUGGUAGCAAGCCUGGGUCUGCGGAUGGUGUCUUUGGUCGAAAGGACAAUGAUGGGAAAAACAUAAAGGGCCGAAGCCUUCCAGAGCCGCCACCUCCAGUUAGUGGGACCCCUCCACGAUCUCCCAUGCCUCGUGGGUCCAAAAAUCUGUUAGAGGACCAAGGGAGUCUGUACUCGGAGCCUGCUGACUCGGUCCGUGCGCCGCCCAGUCUAGGAGACUGUUUGUACUCAGACCCGGUGGACAGUAUCAAAGUCAUACCCACUCCUAACCCACGCCUCAGGCCGACUGGCGAAGAGGGGGGUAGCCGCCACUCAGGAAUCAAGCCUGAGCCGUUCUACUCAGACAUCUAUGAUCAUAUCAGUCUGGACUUGGUGCAAAGGACCAUGGCAUUGGGACUCGAUGGGCGAAGCAGACACCCUGCAGAUGGAGGUCCAACAGAGCACAUCUAUGAUGAGCCAGAGGGACGAGCCAGAUCUACAAUUCCUAUCAUCACGCUUUAUGAUGAAGCACGGUUGGAAAUGCAUCCCUGGAAAACCAGGGGAAUGGAAGAGCCUCAAGGUCAGGAGGUGGCUCAACAACCGCUGCCACUUCCCAGACCAAAAGGCCCCAAACCUAUCACAGCACCAAAACCAAGCAAAGUAGCACUGCCCAAGAAAGACCCUCAUCCGCUGCCUCAAAAUAAAGGCAGUGCUAACCUGAACAACAAUAACAGUAGCAACAGCCAUGACAGCACGGAAGUUGGUAGAAGAGGUGCUGGUGCUGGAAAAAACAUGGACCUGUAUAACAAAGUAUCUAGACAUCAGCCACCUCCAAAUGCGUGGUAUCCAACCAUGCAGUCUCCAGACAUCAUCUACGACAACUUAGGAAACAUUUGACUUAACCUUUGUCGACAUUUAGGCAGUCACGGAUAAAGGAAAUGUGUCCACGUUAAGAAGGGAGUGCUCCAUGUCAGGGCACAGAUUGAAACCUUAGUCAUGUAGUCACUGACUGUCAAAGUGGCUGAGAGCUAAGACUAUACAAAACUUUUGUGUGGAUAAUGCCCUCUGAAAGGGCUUGUAUUGGCACAUGCCAGAGUUUUGCACUUCUUGGGCAAAGUAGUCCUAUUUUGUAAAUCUGAGUCUGUGACUUGCGUAUCGGAAGAGAUUAUGAAGCACUUGGCAUAACACUUGGUUCUCUUGCAUAGGGAAUUAGAGUGUUGUUGUCUGAACUUUAUCUGACAGAUUCAAUUUAAUGGUUGAAGUGGUGCAGAGACUGCACUGGCAGGUCAGUUAUUGCACAUACAUACCUUGCAUUGUUUUGCAUGGAGAUUGUAGCAAAAGGAUACUAAUCCACUGCUGUGUGUGUGUGUGUGUGUGUGUGUGUGUGUGUGUGUGUGUGUGUGUGUGUGUGCGUGUGUUUUAUAUGUAUGAGUGUAUGUGGAUGAGUCAGCAGCUGUGCUGUUGUUCAACAUAUGAUGAUAAUAAUAAAAAUUAUAGUACAAGAAUACUUUUCCAUUUCCGAAAAUGUACAAGUAUGUGCACAACUGCACAUCCUAGGAAAAAUCUGGACUUGGUUUAAGGGGGCAUGAAAAUUACCCUGAAUGCCCUAUCCUUCAAUCUCAGUCCCUUAUUCAUCUAGUCCUCUGUCGUCCUGAAAAGCAACUGACAUCUGAGGGAUAAUCCUGAUGCAAAGUGAAUAUUAAUCAUCUGUGUAAAAAAGUGGCCUUACUUCAGAUGGGAGUUGGCCGAGUAAAUAUGUGUCUGCCUGGCAGUGUGUGAAGGUACAGACUGUUCUCUGUCCUGUUUUCUUUCUCGUUCACCCUCUCACUCAUUUCCUUUUGUCCUCUCUCCAGUCUCCCCUAGUCUUUUCUUCCACUGCUAAAGUUUUUUUUCUUUUAAGUGGACAGCCAAAAUCUGACCUAUUCAUCACAAUCUGCUGUAUUUUUUCAAUGUUUAGUGCUCUUAUACAGAAAACAGUGAAUGUGUUGAGAGAGCAGAGUCUUUCAUCUAAAAAGAAGGCAUUCAUUUGGUCCAAGGUCUGUCUAAGCAUAGUUUACCAUCAUACUGGGUUGCAGUGGUACAUUUUAACAGCAAAUUACUCAUAGGUAUUAAAAAAGGAAGUGGACUGACAACUACACUUUUUCUCUCUCUUCUUAUCAUUGUCAUUUGUAAUCAGUAUCAUUUGUUAUUUUAGUUUGACUUUGACAGUAUGUUUGUAUUAUAUCCAACAAUAAGUAAUCCAAUAGACAAAUAACUGAGUAAAUAUUUGAGACAAGCUAAA